GGUAACCGGAACAAGAAAAAGGAAAACCCGAGAAAUAAAUAUGGGAACAUCCUAUGUAUAGGUUCCAUUUUCUCAAUGAAUUCAGUUCGAAUCCAUCCGGGCUGGCAGCCUUGAUUUUUCCUCGUAUCUCUCAAAAGAUUGCAUCCCAAGAAUUUCUGACAACCAAUUGCAUCAUACGAGCAAUGUCUAAGUUUAAGCCCGCGUCAAAGACACUGGGGCGUUUGGUUUUCGGCCGGAAUUUAUUCCGGCAGCGGAUGACAAAUUAUAAUCAAAUUCGAUGUCUGAACAGCAUCUCUGGGUCGAUUGCGUUUUCUUCGUCGGAUAAAUUAGUGGGCGGUGGAUACAGGAAUUAUUAUGGAAAUUCGUUGCGUACUAGCGAAGUUGCAUUCCAGAAAAGGGGAUUUUUGGGAUGUGUUGAUGGAGAAGUGAGGAAUAUGCUGUCGAAGGUGUACGAAGAAAGACGUGUUUUAGGAUAUUCACCAGAACAAUUGUUCAAUGUGGUUGCUGCUGUUGACAUGUACCAAGAUUUUCUUCCUUGGUGCGAGAGGUCGAAAAUAAUUCGACACAACCGGGAUGGAACUUUUGACGCUGAGCUGGAAAUUGGUUUUAAGUUCCUUGCUGAAAGUUAUGUAUCCCAUGUGGAGCUAAGCAAACCAAAAUCCAUUAAGACAACUUCAUACCAAAGCACCCUUUUCGAUCAUUUGAUCAAUGCCUGGGAAUUUAAUCCAGGACCUGUUCCAGGAACCUGCAACCUUUAUUUCUUAGUGGACUUCAAGUUCAAGUCUCCACUUUAUCGGCAGAUCGCAAACAUGUUCUUUAACGAGGUGGUCUCUCGACUAGUUGGUUCGUUCAGUGAUCGAUGUCAAUUGAUAUAUGGACCUGCAGUACCAGUUCUUGAAAAUUCUUACGAUCAGAGAGCAUGAAAGCUCUAGUGAAGCUGCCGUCCAAAUCCAGUCCAUUCAGUUAGUGUUGUUUAAAGUUUUAGCACGCAGAGAUCAAUUUUAACAUGUAGAUGCCCAUAUUUUUCUGGGAUUUUUUGCUUGCACCUAGUUCUGUUGCUUAGCGCUUCUCUCAUUGACUAUUGGAGAGCUGAGAACGGAACCAACCACGCGGAGCUGGAAUUCACGUUCCCUCCUUGUAAUUCUUUUGGAUCAGUUAGAGCAUUCCACAGUUGAGAGGAUGUAUAAUUUCAUCCUACUUCAAUCUAAUUACUAUUACUUUUUGACUUAA